AUAUGCUUAAAAUACGUUGUCUCCAACCAGAUCUGUAUGCUAGAUAUUACGGAAUCUCGCCUAUUGUGAUAUUUUGAAAGCAAUAAAUAGGGGAGCGGUAUUUCAAAUUUUUUUAGUUUGGUCGUUUUGGCCUCUAUUUCAAAAUAUACCCACAAUAUCUAUUGAACAAGCAAAAACCAUGGAAUAUGACUAUGGCCACUCAGAUAGCAGCGCAGGAACAGAUGAUGAUAUUCCUCCGCAUGCAAGUCAGAUGCCAAGAGAAGGACGAGGCUCUGGAAAUGGCAGGGCUACUGUACAGAAAACUCAGUAUGGAAGAUUACAGAAUGAUCAGAUUCAUUGGUUUGAGGAGGAGGCAUAUUGUUGUGUUUUGAGGGCUUUUAAGGCACAAUCUGAUGCCAUUACCUGGGAGAAAGAAGCAUUACUGUCCCAAUUAAGGAAGGAACUAAGAGUUUCUGACGAGGAGCACAGGGAACUUUUAGGCAAAGUUAGUGCAGAUGGCAUGCUUCGACAAAUGAGAGAAUGGAGACAAUCAGGUGGUAACCAACCAGGAUUUAUAACAAAUGUUAUAUCUUCUCAUGGUCCUACACCAAGUCCAACUGUUUCGGCAUCCCAAAAAAAGCAGAAGUCUGCACAUGUAAUGCCAAAGAUGCAUCUACAGCCUCCACUGCCUAAUCUCCACAAUUCUCCAGUUCCAUCAUCAUCAGGACCAUUAGGAUUAACUUGGAAUGAAGAAGACUCUGCAAGGGUUAGGGGCAAGAAAUCCAAAGGUCGUUCACAGGCAAAUGUACUUCAAAUGGCGAAAACUCCACAGGUUGCAGUACCUGGGAGGGAUCAAAUUGUACUUAAGAGACCACCUGGACGGUCAUCUGGCAAAAGUCAAUCUACAGCACUACCAAAUAUUGAUCUUUUGAUAGGUCGCAAAGUAAUGACAAGGUGGCCCCAGGACAACAGGUUCUAUGAGGCUACAAUCACAAGUUAUGAUGCAGAUAAUGGAACACAUGCACUGGUUUAUGAUAUCAACACCGAUCAUGAAACAUGGGAAUGGGUAAAUCUGAAAGAGAUGUCUCCUUCAGAUAUUCGAUGGGAUGGUCCUGUUCCUGAAGGAUUUGGACGGGGUGCCAUUAAGAAAUCAAUUGGCUGUGGGGUUAUUUUGUCACAAGAUGGCAAUGGAAGAGAUCCUUUAAAAGGACAGUCUACAAUAGACCAUAGGCCUUCACAAAAUCGUACAGGUAGGAACGGUAUGAGGGAUAUUGAGCUACGCCAAACAGAUAGGCUUCUUAAAGAGGUGGAAAGAGUGGUUGCAGUAAAUUAUCCUGAUCCUGUAAAUGUGGAGAGAGCUAAGAAGUUGUUAAAGGAGCAUGAAUUGUGCCUCCUGGAAGCAAUUGAAAGGCUUUCUGAAGUAUCCGAUGGUGAGAAUGAAGAUGGAUGGAAUCCUCCAUCAUCACGUACACACUCUGUUGAUCAUGUUAGGAUACAGAGUAGGCAAAACAGAAGAAACAAAAAUAUCUCUGGAGAUGAAUAUGAUACUACUGAAGAUGGCAGGGGAGAACACUCAGAUGGAGAGCCUUUUGUUGGACAGUAUGGUGCGCCCUCAGAUGAUGUGCAAGAUAAUGAUGAAUAUGGUUAAUGAUGCAAUAUGAUUGCUGAUGAUUCCAGAGCAGCAUUAAAUCCUGGCUCAAGUUAGAACUCUGAAAGUGGAUGUUUUGAAUCAGAUGUCAUAAGUACAUUUAUAGCGGCAGGUGGAAGGCAUGAAAGAGAUAAACCGAAGUGCCUUGUUCUUCUGUUAAAUAUAUUCCCUUGAAAUCCAUUCCAGUUUCUCUCCCAUGGGAUGAAUAUACUAUGUCUUAUGGGUGUGGGUGCUUUUAAGAAUUAGCAAAGGCUCACGGUAAAGCUAUCUUGAAGGAGUGCUCCACACUUUUUUGGAAUAGGGUGAAACAGUAGCUAAUUUCCAAAUUGCAGUGGUGUAAGAUGUCCAUCCUUGGAUGCAAUCUCAUAACUUAAAAACAUACAAGAGAACUAAUCAUAUCAUAUCUCCGUCUUUGUACUUAAAGCAAGGACAUUCAUUAUAGUGGAUUUUUAAUUCUCAUUUAAAUUUUUGGAUGCAAGUGCAUAAUAUUGUUAUGUGCUUUUUUGGCCAUAAGCAUUGUAUUCGUUGACAUGGUCAUAUUUAUAAUCCUUUGCAGGAAUAAAUAAUCACAGUCAAAAGUCCUUUUGUAAUUCUAGCUUUCAAAUAUUUACUAGAUCCUUUUCUUUUAUUA